AUGGGGCUCUCACCCUCUAUGGCGCCCCCUUCCAGGGGACUUGUUCCCGGUCCGCCGCUGAGGACGCUUCUCCAGACUACAAUUCGGACGCCUUACGACGCCAGAUUCUCAAGCUGGGCUAUUCCCGGUUCGCUCGCCAUUACUAAGGGAAUCCUUGAGCCAGCUGGGAGGGCAGAAGCAGAUUUUGGCCGCUUUGAUGUUAAGUUAGUGAUAAGGAAUAUCUACAUUCUCUUAUGUGGAAGUGAGGUUCCAGUAGCUGCUAAGGAUCAAGAGAUCAUGGAUUUGUUUGAUCCAGCUAUUCCUCUACCACCAUGGUUCUCUGAAGAAGAUCUUUCAGUCUAUGCAUCUCUUUAUGAGAAGUCUGGAUUCCGUUUUCCAUUGCAAAUUCCAUACAGGAGUUUAGCAGUGGACUGCGGUUAUACUGAUCCAAAAGUCUCUGCUCCAACACUGCUUAUCAUGGGUGAGAAAGACUACAUCUUAAAGAUUUCGGGGUUUGGAGAUUACAUACGAACUGGGGCAGUGAAGCAAUUUGUGCCUGAUUUGGACAUUAAAUACAUUGCAGAAGGGAAUCAUUUCAUGCAAGAACAACUUCCAGAGCAAAUUAAUCAGCUAAUUCUCACUUUUCUUGGAAAACAUGGGAUCUGACUUUAUAUUUCU